UUGGCUGGUACGCCUUGGGCUUCCGACUGGGUGGACUUGAUACGAAGGCCUUCGCACCCUUUCUUUCACCAAAACAACAUUAUUUAUGAAGGCUUCAGUCAGUUGAAUAGCCUGACUGUUAACGCCGAUUGUAUUUACAGUCUUUUAAAUUAUAUUUUAAGGUUUAAGGAAUCCUAAACGACGAAACAUGCCGAGAGGAGGCAAAAAGGGUCAUAAAGGCCGUGGAAAGCAAUUCAGCAAUCCCGAGGAGAUUGACAGGCAGAUGAGAGCACAGAGAGAGCGGGAAGCGAGAGAGGGGGACGAAGAAGAAAAAGAAAGUGGCUCAGAAUCUGAGGAGGAGACGAGCAGCGAUGAAGAGCCAAAAAAGAGAGGCAUGGAGGGUGUUAUUGAGAUCGAGAACCCCAACCGUGUGUCUCAGAAGAGCAAGAAGGUAACUGAACUGGACGUGAGUGCCGAUGGCAAGGAGCCUCCGAGGGAACUAUCUCGUCGAGAGCGAGAGGAGAUUGAGAAGCAGCAGGCCAAAGAGCGCUACAUGAAGCUGCAUCUGGAGGGGAAGACGGAGCAGGCCAGAGCCGACCUGGCCCGUCUGGCCAUCAUCAAGAAGCAGCGGGAGGAGGCGGCCAAGAAGAGGGAGGACCAGAGGAAAGCAAGAGAAGAGGCAACCAAGUCCAAGCGCUAGCCCACCAUUUGACUUCACGCUACAGGCUGAGGAGCCUGCCUGGGCUGGACUUCUCCAUGAAGGGAUGGGAAGAGGAACGGAGGAUGAGAGGGGGAGGGAAGGGAAGGGAAGGGAAGGAGGAAGUCAAAAAGCAUUGUCCAAGGAUGGAGAGACGGCUCAGGGUUGCUCACGUACCCCCUACCCCCCUCCCUCACACCGCCCCUCCACCCUCCACAAACUGGGAGCAUCGCAGCAUGGGGAUGGUGGGAGGGGAAGGGGAAGGGGUGGUAGGAUGGGGGUGUGUGGGUUUGGUCUUUGUUCUUUCAGGAGUCCUGAUGGGGGGACGUCAGGAGUCAGGUUUAGAUCACUUCUCGGAGCUCAAUGGGAUGAUCCACGUCAGGGGGGGUGGUAAGGACCAUCCUGCCCACUUGGUUCAUUCCAAAAAAAAAUGUUUUGCUCUUGUGUGGGAUGGUCUGCACCUGACUUUUGGCUGUUCUCUGAUUCUUUAAGCUGCUGGGAGUUGAUCCUUAAUUUUUUUUAAAUAAGAAAAAAUUGUUCUGAAAAAAAUUCUCAACGCAAAAAAAACAAACUGUUUACGCCAGGCUUGGGGUAGCGGCAUCUGACGGGGCAUGGAUUUGGGACUCUCAGUUUCGAAAGGUUCAUGGAAGUGAACAAAAAAAGGGGUAUAUGUAAAUGUUUUAACAGAGUGACACUAUUGCUUUCUAGGAAAACAUGCAAACAAGUUGUGUUUCACAUUGUCCUGUACUGGUUUUCUGUAACGUAGACGGUAUGCGUCUUCUCAUCCAAAAUAUAAAUAAUCUCACCAAUCUGGGAAUAUGAUAACGACAACAAAAACAGUUGAAAGUGACUGAGCCGUUGAUGAUGUCCGGCCUGUAGCAAGUCUGGGGUUGCUUUUAUCGAAGCCAAAGUUGCUAACUAUGUUAGCUACUUUAUUGUUUACAAUGCAAUUUUAUUUUAUUGGCAACUAUCAAAGUUGCUAACUGGCUAACAACUACGCUUUUGAGAAACGCACCCCUGGCCUGGAACGCUCAUCUGCAACUACUUUGCUUCUGGGUGCUUGACUCUCACCUCGCUGCACUUAAUUCUCUGCAUUUCAAAUGUACUCUCUUCUGAGCAAGAUGGCUCUCAAUUAGCUAUACAAGUUAUAUGUGUGGAAUGUUUCGGUUUUAAACGGAAUGGUUGCAGUAUUCGGUUGGCAUGUGAAGUCUUUAUUCAUUACGAAUGUGGCAGUGUUCAGAUGUAUUUCGAUUGCGGAGUGCUCUUAAACACGUAAACGGAAUAUUCCGGAUCUUUGUUUCAAACCGAAUACUGGCAAUAUUCCGUUUACGGGAACAUUCUGUGCAUUCAUCUGCUGUCGUAGCAAAUGUGCUGUAUUCUUCUGAGUGACAUGGCCCUCAGUAAGUAUCUGCCUUGUGGUUGGAUGAUGGUGGCAUUUAGAUUAGAAGCGCGCAGAAUAGUCUUUGGUCUAGUGGUGUUAAAGAAUAGUUUGCGGAGAAUAGAUGGCUAUGGUUGAUGUGUCAAGUUUUUUGGAUGGUGGAGAAAGUUGUCGUCUGAAGACCUGACCUGGUCACUGUAUCUUCUCAGGGAGGGCCCCGAUUCUUCGCUCAGUAAUGCGUUUUCUGCUGAUGUCUGUAAGACUAGCGAGUCACUGAUUACUGAAAGAAUAUACGGUGUGGAUGGAAGGGAGGAUUUUUUUUUGGCGAAAACAAAACAGAAAGUGGAAAAAAACUUUUUUGCUAUAGCUGAAGGCAUCAUGUUUUUAACAGGAUGGAUAAUAAAUGCUGGUCUUGCAAUCUCACGCAGGACGAGUUAAGCAGGGAGUUGGACAGAGACCUUGUUUAGACCUAUCUAAAUGAUCUAUAUGCACGUUCACGUAUAUGCCACCUCCAUAGUCUCUUGCCAAGGUACAAUAAUGAUUGCUCUCUCACUCUGUCUCUCUCACUCUCUCUCUCUCUGUCUCUCUCUCUCUCUCUCUCUCUCUCUCUCUCUCUCUCUCUCUCUCUCUCUCUCUCUCUCUCUCUCACACACACACACACCCCUAGAGACUCUUGAUUGGCUGAAAGGCUCUUGUUCCCGUUUUUAUUAUGGGUCCUUGGUUUUGUGAGGAAAACGCACGCAUACAUGCACUUCACUACUGUUUACCUCUUCUCUUUCUUUAAGUCAGUUCUGGGUAUCCCCUUCUCUUCCAUUAGUCGUUACUUCACAUCCUGUGUGUGUGUGUGGGGGGGGGGUGUCUGGUUAGUGACACCGUGGUGACAUCCGAAAUGUUAACUCGUUGACUACAUGGGGUGCAGUCGUUGCACCGUGUUGAUCCCUUCGUGGUGCGCACUACGCAGUGAGUGAACGUAUCAGAUUCAGCCAGAGAAAUGUGCCCCUCCUUUGUCGGGUCUUGUGGGCACAUUUUAUUUUUUUACUGAUUUACAUACCGGUAAAUAGAAUUUAGCAACAUUGCUAGCAGUCGGCCACUAGCCCCCCAAAAAAGCUUAAAAGAAUCACUCCCUACACAUGUGCCUGUUACGUUUCCAUUUGUUUACUUUUAUGUCUGUACAUGGGGGGUAUACCAAGAAAGAAUAGUUAAGUGAUGAACCUGGCUAAGUUAACCUAUAGGAAGUGACUGCUAAUGGCUAGUGGGUGUCAUUUCAUUCAGGAAAUGAGGACUGCGGGCUCUUCUAUUGGCUGAUUUUAUGACUACGCUCAGCUUAACUUAAGCUGGUUGGCUACUCAAUCGUUUUCGCGGAGCAGCCCCCCAUCCCCCAGGUCUUUUUUUCCUUGUUUUUGUUUCUUUUUCCCCCAGCCUUUCAGUCUCUGAGACCCCAUUGUCACUGUUCUGCCUCUACCCCUUUGACAUCACCAUUCUCUGCUUAUGCCUGUACAAUAUGGGGGACCUUCAAUGCCUUGAACAAGGAGCAAAGCAAUAUUCCCCUAAUCUUAGCAAGUUACAUUACUUUCGAUAAUAAUUAUAAUUAUACAUAUAAAUAUAUAUACAUACAGGACAAAAUAAAGUGUUAUUAAAGGACAUUUAUAAGAAGAACUCAAGGACCGAAUUGUAUACUAGAACUGUUGGGGAUUGUAGGAAUUGUAAUCUUUUGGUCAAAAUGUUGUAUAGAAAUAAACCGAAGAAUUCAUUCCAAAAUG